AUGGAUGUCGUGCUGGAGCUCACCGACACCUUCAUCGCCGACCACGUCUACGCCUGGCUGUUCCCUCUGCAGCCCGCGCCGUACGACUACCCCAAGGCGACGGCGUCCAAUUCCUCGGCCCAGGCCUUUUCAUCAUGGACCUACAAGCCCGCGACCAAGUACUUCCAGGUCGAGCCCUUCCAGGCCGCGUACAUGAGCUCCCUGCCCCGGGAUAACGUCUGGCGCCAGGCGGCCACGCUCUUCUUCAUCACAUGGAUCUUUGGCCUCAUCGUCUACUUCAUCUUCGCCACCCUCUCCUACGUCUUCAUCUUCGACAAGCGCACCAUGAAGCACCCCAAGUACAUCAAGAACCAGAUCUGGCUCGAAGUCAUCCAGACCAACAAGUCGAUGCCCUUCAUGUCCCUCCUGACGGCGCCCCUCUUCCUGCUCGAGGUCCGCGGCUACGGCAAGCUCUACGACACCACCUCCGAGGGCCCCGGCUUGUGGUACAACAUCCUCCAGUUCCCGCUCUUCCUCGUCUUCACGGAUUUCUGGAUCUACUGGAUUCACCGGUACCUGCACCACCCCCUGGUCUACAAGCACCUGCACAAGCCUCACCACAAGUGGAUCAUGCCCACGCCCUACGCCAGCCACGCCUUCCACCCGGUCGACGGCUUCGCCCAGUCGAUCCCCUACCACGUCUUCCCCUUCAUCUUCCCGCUGCAGAAGAUGGCGUACGUCUUCCUCUUCGUCUUUGUCAACUUCUGGACCAUUAUGAUCCACGACGGCGAGUACCUCACCAACAACCCGGUCGUCAACGGCGCCGCCUGCCACUCGCUGCACCACUCCCGCUUCGAGGUCAACUACGGCCAGUUCUUCACUGCCUUUGAUCGCCUGGGCGGCACCUACAAGAUGCCCGAGGCCUGGAUGUUCGAGAAGGAGGUCAAGAUGUCGCAGAAGAAGUGGAAGGACGAGGCACAGGAGGUCGAUGCCACUGUCAAGGAGGUCGAGGGCUCCGACGACAGGACCUACGUGCCGGAAACCAAGAAGAGCAAAUAA